AUGAUGUCUGAUUCAUCGGUCAAACUUCAAGAAAAAGAUAUGAGGAAAAAGGGAAUGCCGUCUGUAUCUGGAACCAAAGGAGCAAGUAGUCAAACUUCAGGUGUUUAUUAUCCACCCACCAGCUGUUAUGAUUACCACUAUCCGGGAUACAGCAGCACCUAUCCUCAAUCUGAUGAAAAAGGCUAUAUAAACUCUGUAGGCAGUGCUUACACUGGUAUCCAACCGGAUAAUAAUUCAUUCCUAUAUUACCUUCCCAGCUAUGGCACAUAUACUCCUGCGUAUGGAUCAGAAUACCUUCAGCAGCCUUGUUCAUAUGGAUCAGAAACCUUCCCGUGCUAUACAUAUGAUUUAGCGUACACAAGGAAUGGUUUGACGGGCCCUGCUGCUAAACCUGGCCCAGCGAGGUCUGGGGUGGGCCCCAGUGGCUCCAGGAACUCGGAUGGAUUUACUGCUUCGAAAACUAAUAACAGUCUCAAGAGCAAAAUUUCAGAUUUGCCCUUUAAUUCAGCAACUCAACAGCCCGUCUCUCAUAGGUCAAGGUCUAUGUAUCAGAAUCCAUUUAAUGAGGUAGGAUCUACUCUCCAGUCUUCAGGCCUCAUGAGGGGAUUAAAUGGUGCUGGAAAAUUCUCAUCACUCGCAAACCAAAAUCCCGGAGUAUUUACGCAGUACAACCCAAUAAGUUAUACAUCAAAUGACAAAUUAUGGAACGACAACAAUUACAAGUACAGGUCAAAGGAAAAUACUGGGAAGUUUGUAGAAAUCAAAGCAGUAACGGAUCUUACCCGUGGCCCGAGGGGCGAAAAUAAGAUUAAUUUCACAAAUUUGCCAUCUGAGGUUGAACAACAUGCUUUUGCUCUAGAUAGGAACAAGUACAACUCGAAAGAGUUUCAGACCGAUUAUGAUAAUGCAAAGUUCUAUGUGAUCAAGUCCUAUAGCGAAGAUGAUAUUCACAAGUGCAUCAAGUACGAUGUUUGGUCGAGUACGCCAAAUGGCAAUAAGAAACUGCACGAUGCAUUUUGUGAAGCGGAUGCUAAAGUGAAAGAGACUGGUGUACGAUGUCCAGUCUUCCUAUUUUUUUCGGUUAAUGGGAGCGGACAGUUUGUGGGCGUUGCCGAGAUGACUGGGCAGGUUAAUUUCAGCAAAAAUAUGGACUUUUGGCAGCUUGAUAAAUGGAAUGGUUUCUUUCCUAUAAAAUGGCAUGUAAUUAAAGAUGUCCCGAACACACUGUUACGACACAUUACCCUUGAGAACAACGAUAACAGGCCCGUCACUUAUAGCCGGGACACUCAGGAGAUUGGAUUGAAACAGGGGUUAGAGAUGCUGAGCAUUUUCAAGAAUUACACUGAAAGAACAUGUGUGCUUGAUGAUUUUGAAUUUUACGAAAACCGCGAGAAGGCCCUCAAAGCGAAAAGAGAGGCCCGACUGGAUUCGCAAACAAAUGGUUUGAAAAAUGGCGAUCAUGAGAAAGAAGGGGAAAAGUCGGGCGAGGCCAACAAGACGGGCGUUUCAUCUUUGGUCUCUCUAACAGAGAACCUGUCUCUUAAUAAUUCCGAACAAGCGAAGAGCAUUGUGUGA